AUUGAAUAAAUUAAUUCUUGUCUAAUUAUCAUAAUAAUUAAAUAAUGUAAUAAUGUUGAGCAUGUCGGUAUUGAUACGCUAACGAUUGCGUUUGUAAUUACCGCAUGGUCGCGAUCAAACAGAAGAAGGAUAAAAAAGAAAACAGAAAUAUUGCGACAAGUGCACAGAGCAGAUAGUCAUUUAAGUAUAGACAAUACACACGGAAAAUGAAACGAGAGAAUUCAAAUUCGCAAGUGAAAACGCGAAAGCGGAAACGAACGAGUUCUGAAACAGAGACUAUAGAGUCGUCAAAGGAAUUUAAUUUGAAGGAUCUAUCGAAAAAACAAAUUCUAGAAUGUAUUUCUGCGAUUUUUCAUAUGACUCAAGAACAGUUAAAAGAGAGGAACAAUCUUCUCGCUGAGGAGGCUCAGCCAAUAUUUAUACAAGUGACUAGCGUCAGAGUACCAGAGAUGCCUCGUAGACAAAUGAGAAUAUUGUUGCCAUAUUCAAUAGUGGCUCCGAAUGAUGAAGUAGCUUUAUUCGUUUGCGAUUUAGAGAAAGGAAGAAGAAAGGAUUAUGAACCAACGGUGGAACAUUAUAAAAAUUUAUUAGACAAGCAUGGAUGCACUCGUGUGAAUGAGAUAAUACCUAUAAAUCGUGUGAAAACCGAAUUCGAUCAAUUUGAAUUAAAGAAAAAGCUUUUAUUCAGUUAUGAUCACUUUCUUGUUGAUGGUCGUAUUGCUGGCCAUAUGUCUCAUUUAUUAGGAAAAAUCUUUUCCAAAAGACGAAAGCUACCAAUUUCAGUCAGAAUGGAAAGCAAGGACUUGAAGCACGAGAUUGAUUAUGCAUUGAGAAAAACCAGCAUGCAGCUUCAUUCCCAUGGCGAUACUCAUUUGAUGCAAGUAGGGAAUACAUGUAUGAAAAAGAAAAGAGUUUUGAAAAAUAUAUUGGCCGUUUGUGAAGAAUUGUCUAAAAACUAUCCUGGUGGUUGGACAAACAUACGAGCGCUCCGAUUGAAAGGCACAAACAGUCUAGCAUUGCCUUUUUAUAUGACGUUAAAGAAUAAAAACACUGUUGAUCCAAGUACAAUUGCGGUACAGCCAAAGAGACCUAAAGCUUACUGUGAUGUAGAAGGAGAGCUUUCAACAUUUAUAAGUAAUACUACAGUCACGGUUAAACCUGAAGGCACAGUCAUCGUCAAAAAGGAACAGACCAAGAACAAAUCAAGUAAAAAAAUUACAAAGAAAAAAGCUGAAAAUUGAACGGAAAAUUUCCAAUAAAAUGGAAAUUU